AUGGAAUUGACUAAAGCUAUAAGAUUUGGACAUGGCACGGAGAACCUUGGGAAUGGACUACUAAUGCAACUAGAAAUGUGGAAGAAGAUGAGCAAAGUAGGCAAUAUUGGAUUUGAUCCUUAUGAGUUUGCCAAUGUGAUUGGAGAUGGAGAUCAACCCUUGUACCCUGGUAGCAGUAAGUACACGAUGUUGUCGGCUUUGGUGAGAAUUGUUGAUACUUCAAGGAGAUUUGCUUCUAGAAGGAAAUACACUACUUCCUCUAUGUACGAGGCAAAAAAGACAUUGUCUGCUUUAGGGAAGAGUUAUGAGAAAAUUCACGCAUGUCCCAAUGACUGCAUCUUGUAUAGGAAGGAUUAUGAAAAUUCAACUAAUUGUCCUACUUGUGGUGUCUCAAGGUGGAAGGAAGGCAAAGAUUCAAUCUUGAAAGAGGGUGUGCCAACGAAGGUGGUGUGGUAUUUUCCUCAAAUUCCAAGGUUUAAAAGGAUGUUUCAAUCACAUAAGACAACUAAGAGUUUGACUUGGCAUGCUGCUAGAAAAUCAGUCGACGGUCAGAUGUCUCAUCUAGUGGAUUCCCCGUCUUGGAAACUUGUAAUGGCCUGA